CAAAUAAUAUAAUAACGAUAAUCUCCACGCACAAACCAACUCCCCUUUUCCCUAUAUAUACACACAUUUGCCUCCACUUCCCUUUGUUCAAACAUUUCAUAACCCUUCGACUAGUAGAAUUAAAAAUAUAGUCCUUAUCUUCAGCCAAGAAUGGGAGAGAAACAAGAAGGUGCCAAGGUUGAACAAGAGAAUAAGGCCGCCAACGUAGUCUCUACUGAGACAACCGACAACAAGCCAAAGAGCGGCGGAGGAGAUGCAGCCGCAGCCCCGGCCGCGGCCGCUGCCUCUCCCUUUGUUUACAAAGUGGAUAUGCACUGCGAAGGCUGCGCAAAGAAGAUCAAGCGAAUGGUGAAGCACUUCACCGGAGUUAAAGAUGUAACGGUGGAUAUGGGUGGGAACAAGCUCAUGGUGGUGGGAAAGAUCGAUCCGGUUAAACUCCAGGAGAAGUUGGAGGAGAGAAUGAAGAGGAAGGUGGUACUGACAAACCCACCACCACCAUCACCGCUGAAAGUAGACGCAUCUGCCGCUCCCGCCGCCGUUGGGGAGAAGAAAGACGCCGGUGUAGAUAAGGCGGCAGCUCCUAGUCCUCCUCCACCGGCUGCUCCCAAAGAGAGCUCGGUGGCUUUAAAGAUCAGACUUCAUUGCGAGGGAUGUAUUCAGAAAAUCAAGAAAAUAAUACUGAAAAUCAAAGGCGUCCAAAUGGUGGCUAUUGAUGCAGCCAAAGACAUGGUGACUGUGAAAGGAACGAUGGACGUUAAAGAACUUGUGCCUCUACUCACUAAAAGGCUCAAACGAACCGUCGAGCCUCUUCUCCCAGCCAAAAAAGAUGACGGUGCCGCCCCUCCCGCCUCAAAGAAAGAAGUCCCAGCCGCUGCAGCUAACGAAGCAAAGAAGGAAGGAAGUGAAGUCGUAGAGAAGAAGAAAGAGAGUGGCGAUAAUAAGAAAGAAGAGGCUGCAGACGGUGGAGAGAAGAAGAAAGAGGCUGGAGACGCCGGAGAAAAGAAGAAAGAGACUGGUGAUGGUGGAGAGAAGAAGAAAGAGGUUGGAGACGGUGAGAAGAAGGAAAGUGGCGGCGUAGGAGGAGGAGGUGCGCCGGUGGCAAUGGUGAAUAAAAUGGAUUAUUAUGGUUACUCAUAUCCAACGGCUCCAAUGUAUUGGCAAGAAGGACACACGUAUGGCCAGAGUUACUCGAUUGAAGGACAGACUUAUCCGGUGGGUGGUCAGAGUUAUCCAGGUUCAGGAUACAAUUACUCGAGUGAUAGUUACUACAUGCCAUACUCGCAUCAAAAUAUGAACACGCCUCCUGGAAUGUUCAGCGACGAGAACCCUAAUGGUUGCUCUGUUAUGUAAACAUGCGCAUGAGUUGUAGAUACACGAUACUAUAAGGGUCGAAAUCGAAACCUAAAAUGUGGAACAUUCACAAAUGGGUACCUUUAGAUAAAUUUUUGAAAUUGAGAUAACAUUGUUCUUUUGUGUGUUAGUUCUUCUAAAUAUUUAAAUAAUUAGUUUCUUUA